AUGGCUGGUGGACCUCCAUCCCACCUGGCUGACCCUCCAUCCAACUUGGUUGGUCCUCCACCCCACAUGGAGGACCCUCCAUCCCACAUGGCCGACCCUCCACCCCACAUGGCUGACCCUCCAUCCAACUUGGCUGGCCGUCCAUCCCACCUGGCAGCAUCACUGACAACCAAGAGUGAUGGAGAGCUCUUGGUCCCUAGCUCCACCCUAAUGGGCGUGUGCGAGUUCCCAGCGGAGUGGAGUGGGAAGUGGUUUCGGUCCGGCAUGGGACAGGAAGGUCCCAUCGUCAUCACUAGAAGCAGCAUCUCCAAGACCGGAGACUGUGAGGAGAAGGGCAAGUCUAACAGAUACCUCGUCAAGGAGGAGAAAUACAACUGUCGCAAGUGCAUGGUGAUCAACAUGAAGCAUAACAACAUCAUUCAGUACAAGGAAUCGUACUGUGACGACACUAUGGAGAUGGACCUGCGGGCACUAUGUAUGGGCAUCACGGGCGACGCAAUGCUCUAUUCUAUGUUCCGCCUCAGUGCUGAGCCUGUCACCUGCCCCUUCCACGGACCCCUCACCUUCACCUACUCUAAAGGCUACGGCGAGUGUGUCCAACCUGUCUCUCAGGUGGAUUCCUGUGCUGAGGACUCCAGGCUGCUCUUCCGACACCAGGCUUGUGCUGACGUCCCUGGCUCAGAGAGCUUCGUGGAGGAGUUGGUAUGUCUGGCGUCGUGGAAGGAGGGCUCCAACCACUACCUGGUGGGUAAGGUCAACCACAUCCAUGCCAACAGCGACGAGGACCGCUACCGCUGCUUUAUCUACGAGCACCCGCACCACCAGGGCAACACCCAGACCUGGAACCUGGCACAGUCUGCAGACGCUACCUGUCAAGGCCUCAUCUCCGCUCACGAGGGCAGCAAGACUAUGAAACUCACCAAAGUGACCCACAACGGAAAGUGCAAGUUCCCAGGCUGGCUGACGGCCCACCGUCACUGGCACACGCUCGACAACAGCCAGAGUUACUUCGUUUAUCACAAGAAUACCUCCCUCAGGAUCAGCAACGGAACUGCCGCACCCCAGGAUAUUGAGGUAUAUACCAGUUCUUUAUUUUUUGAUCAUCUGGAAAUUCCUUUUCUUUCCCUAACUUCUCCUGAAAACCGCUGACAAAAAUUAAGCAAA